AAUUUCCCUAUAGCGUAUUCCAAGAAUGGGAUUCAUCCUCUGUUUGGAUACACUGUUGAUCCCCUUUAGUCUCUUCCUCACAUUGGGUUACCAUGUCUACCUUUGGAAAUGCUUCAAGAAAAAACCCUCUUCCACCCAAAUUGGACUCGAAAAGUUACGCAGAAACACUUGGUUUCAAGAAAUCAAACAGGGUGAUAAUAAGAAGGGUAUGUUGGCAGUCCAAAGUUUGAGAAACACUCUAAUGGCCACCAUACUCACAGCUACAAUAGCCAUUCUAGUUAACUUAGCAUUGGCAGCUUUGACCAACAAUACAUACAAUGCCAGCCAUCUUUUGAAAGCUGAAAUCUUCGGGUCACAUUCCAAAUGGGUGUAUUCUCUAAAGUACGGUUCAACAUCACUGUUCCUAUUGGUUAGCUUCUUUUGCUGCUCCGUGGCCAUCGGGUUUCUAAUCGAUGCUAAUUUCUUGAUAAAUGCUUCUUCCCUCGAUGAAGAUGAUGAUCAGUUCUCGUCCGAUCCUUGCUACACGCAAACCAUAUUCGAACGAGGGUUCGGGUUGGCUCUGGUCGGAAACCGGGUGCUAUGCGUCUCAUUUCCUAUGUUGUUGUGGAUGCUUGGUCCGUUGCCGGUGGCACUGUCAUCGGGAGCAUUGGUAUGGGGAUUGUAUGGACUUGACUUUGCAUCUGCUAGAUAAUUUCAUUAAGCUGAUGAAAACAACGAAAAUGUAAUAUUUUCUUAUGAUCAUUAAUUAGUGCUUGAAAAUUUUCGUCUAAAUAUAGUGGAUCCAAAACUAUUAUUUGAGGUAAA